CCUAAUUCAAACACAUUUUCCAACUCAGUUUACAUCUCACCGUCUUAAAAAUGUCACGGUACUUCAUCUUGUUCUGUACCAUCAGUACUAUCAGUGCGAUCGAAGUGGUGCGGAGGCCGAUGUACCACUAUAGGUACGAGACGGAGGACAUGAUGAAGGCAGGAUCGAAACAUAUACCUGUCCAUGGAUACCACGUGGUAGAAGGAGGAUACUUCCCUGAGGAGACUGGACAGAUUGGACACCACGUGGGGAUGCCUGCUUUCAUGGGAAGUCCCGGGUUUGGAAAGCUUUACACUACUCCUAUUGCCCUUGAAGGCAUGCAUCACGGGUUUGAAGCUCCGCAUCAUAACAUCCACUAUAGUCAUCCUGGAAUAAUUGGUUUUAAAAAAGAGAUCGGAGGCGAAGAAGAAGCCAAAGAAGAGUUCAACAAGGGAGGAAAGAAGUACGGAGGAGAACAUUUCGAGAAAGCUGUGGGAAAGAAGUCUGACGAGGAGCAUAAAGGAGAAGAAGGAUACGUUAAGGCUGCUGAAGGAUCGGUAGCGGAAAAAGGCGAUAAAGGUCAUGCAAAGGAAGAACAUUCUUCUAAGGAAGCACAUGAGAAGGAGAAGGAGUAUCAUGGAGGAGAGCAUUAUAAGAAAGAAGGUGAGGAGGCGCAGAAGAAAGAAGAGAAGCAAGGCCACAAGAAGGGCCAUAAGGUGAAGGGCUUCAAGAAAUCCCACCACUUGGACGAAACAGGCAAAACGGAAGAGUUCUACGACGAAUCCCACGACGAAGGCGACAACUUCGAGUUCAAGGGUAAUAAGGGCCACUACGGCGAAGGCGCAGGUUCAUCGUUCAAAGGAGGUAAUGAAGAGAAGAAGUACAACAGCGAAGAAGCUAAGAAAGAAGGACACUACAACCAUGAGCAUGCUGCAGAGCACAAAAAGGGCAACAGCGGGGAGCAUGGCGCCAAAGAGUUCAAGGGCAGUGAUGCUGCGUAUGCGCUCAGCAAAGGAGGGGAUGAACACAGCUUGCUGGGCAACCAGGAGUCCAGCAAGUUCUAUAAGAGCCAGCCGUUCAUUGUACCUAUCAAAGAUUGAAAGGGUUGAGAUGUAGUUCACGCAAUUAGGGGUCUGAUUUCAGAUGAAAUUUCAAGUAAUUGCUACGUACGGAGUCAAUUUUGGAUAUAAGAAUAGAUACUUGUAGUAUAAAAAUAUGGCAAAAACCAACAGAAUUGAGAGAUGUUUUUUCUCUGUGCCCAAGAAGCAUUGAUAUAUUAUAUUGAUAUAGAGUUCAGCUGAGUCGAAAAGUCUGGCGACCCACCAACUUAAUUGAGUUCUCUGACGAUAUAGUGAUUAUAAACGUCCUUUUUUGGGCAGAAAAACCAUCCUCAGGUCCAGGAAAAUCAAAGGAUACCUUAUUCCAGCGUAGUCAGGUAUUUCAUUAGAGGUGAAGUUGUUGCAAGUUAUUUGAACCAAUGUGUUGGCCCUAAACUUCAAAUAAAAACUCAUCCAUUUUCUCAAAUCAUUGAUUCCUGUUUAGUAAUGCAGGAAACUAGGGUUUGACUAUUGGCGAACGAGCUGGAAACUAAGAUGAAGCUAAGCGCCAUGCAAUCCUUUUGUUGUAAAAAAUUCAGUUUAUUCGUAAAAUGGCGAAUGAGCCGCUUCUUGUCUCAGGAGUCCUUUUUCCGUGAGCGUCCAUAACAAACUCGUUAGAACCUCUGAUUGUGUGAACUAUGACACGCAAAAACUGAACCUUAUUUUGUAUGAAAACGUGUGCUAGCUAGUCAAAUAUGUUAUACCUACGCAUUUGUUCGUAACUGUGUUUUUCAUACCCAAAUUGACAAUUACAUAAUCUGGCCAUGACAGUAGCUUGAGCGUAAAUCAAUUUAUGCUUUUUCAGGUAAUCGAUUGAACCUAGUUGGUAAGGUUUUAUAAUGUGAGAGUUGUUGGUAACGAUAUUAAAGUCAUUAUAAUUGAUUAUUUGUGUAAAAAUAGCAAUAGGUCCAAAACAAUCCUGACAUACUAAUACGAUUGCGCAAUAAUUUAAUAUAAUUAUUUCCAUUAAUUCGGAUGUAGUGGCAGGUUAUGUAAAGUGACAGAAUGGUAUAGACGCUGAUUCAAAGAUCUGUUGCGACACAUCUUCGACAAUCAUAUUCCAGAAUCUUGAAAGCAUCUGAAUUGGAUAUAAAUGUCAAAGGCUGAUGAAUGAAUUCAGAAAAGUAAAUGUAGAAAAUUGUGUCUGACAACGUAUACAUCACUAUCGAAAUCAGAAUCUUUUGGUGUGGAUACUUCAAGCUGCGUCCAUCCUGUACGGAUUUUGAGAUUAAAAUAAAAUUACAAGCACAAUAUUCUUAACAUUAAGGUAACACCAGUAGUUAGAUGUUACCAACACGUCUUACCAAAUGAACUUAUAUGUUUUGUUGAAUGUUUUUGAAGCAAUUGAAAAUGUAACAAAGAUUUGUUUGAAUUGUAUAUAGCUAUUAUUACACUUUUAUUGUUAUUUAUUAAAAUUAUG